AUGUACGAACAAGAACUUCCAUCCAGUUUAGAUGACUUUCCUAAUUAUAAUCUUAAGCAAUCAGCUGAGUCUGAGAAAGUCGUUGUAGAUGAUGAUCAAAAGAAAAAAGCUGCCUAUCAAUUCAUGCAAUCUUUGGAAAAGAAUCUCAGAACCAAGAUCAGCAGUCCUCAACAAAGAGUGCAAACAUUGGCUGUGUCUCUUGAAUUGUACGACACAGUUUUCAAUAAAAUUUAUUGCAAUACACUUUAUAAGGACACCCUAUUCCCAUUGGCUGAAAGUUUGGAGGAGGCUUUCAAUGAUGAAUUCGACUCGAUUACCAAAUUGCUCUUCAAUGAGAGUUGCUAUAGACAUGCAUUCUAAAGUGUGCAACAACAAUUCAAUUUGUAAACUUCAAUAGAGUCAUGGCAAAAUUACUAAUUGCUCUUUGCAGCACUCCAAUAAAAGCAAAACAUUGAUCUUCCCCUCCCUCCAAGUUGGAUUUGGGACAUCUUGGAUGAGUAUGUCUACCAAUUUUAUGUGUCAUCCAGAUGGAGGAAGUUAUUGAAGAACGACGAAAUUACUCAAUUGAAAAACAUACAAGACUACUGGAAUCUGGAGGAGAUGCUCAAAACCUUGGAGGGAUUCUAUGCUCAACGAAACAGUUCAGUCUAAAACACUUUGCAAUAUUUAGCCUAUUAUUCCUAUUUAGCCACUGCCAAAUUACAUGUGAUGUCUGGCAAUUUUAAUGCUGCUUAUACUAUGUUGUCAUAGAUUCAACAUUCAGAAUUGAUUAUUUACAGCAAAUCAGGUGGAGCCUAUUAAUCAUUAUUCAGUUACACUGGAUUCUGUUUCUUAUUGAAUAAGGAAUAUAAGAAAGCUAAUCUUACCUUAACUCUGAUUGUGAAUUACUUCAAUAAAUAUAAAUAGUUAUAUACAAAAUCCUAUCAAUAUGAUAGUUUAAUCAAGCAACAUGAGAAAAUAUUGGCAUUGUUGGCUAUAACAUCUUUAUUUUACCCCUGAAAUUGAAGACAAUAUCAUCACUCUCUUAAAGGAGAGCAGAAACAAACUAUUUG